GGGAUAUUCAUCAGGAGUCUGUUAGUGCCAAGGAGCCUCCCAGAGGAGAAUGAGUCGGCCGAUCUUCUUUAUAAAGGCAAGGCAGCCUCCGUGCUACUGAGUCGCGCUGGGAUCGCUGCUGCUGCUGUACGGACAUGAGCUGGUUCCUGGGCUCCCUCCUCCUCCUCCUCCUCCUUAUACUGCUGCCAUAUGGCAUCCCUGGGCAGCAACUCAAUGAGAGGCAGACUUUCACAUGCGGGGGAAAUCUGACUGGUGAUACUGGGGUGCUAGGAAGCGAGGGAUUCCCUGGAGUUUACCCUCCAAACAGCAAAUGUACGUGGAAAAUCACGGUACCCGAGGGCAAGGUGGUUGUCCUGUCAUUUCGCUUCAUCGACUUGGAGAGUGACAACUUGUGCCGCUAUGACUUUGUAGAUGUAUAUAAUGGCCAUUCCAAUGUGCAUCGCAUUGGGCGCUUCUGUGGCACCUUUAGGCCUGGCGCUCUCGUAUCUAACAGUAACAAGAUGCUGGUCCAAAUGAUUUCUGAUGCAAACACUGCUGGAAAUGGUUUCAUUGCUGUGUUUUCUGCUGCAGAACCCAAUGAGAGAGGCGAUCAGUACUGUGGAGGGCGACUGGAUAAGCCUUCUGGAUCCUUUCAAACUCCCAAUUGGCCAGAGAGGGAUUACCCAGCAGGAGUCACCUGCUCUUGGCAUAUUGUUGCCCCCAAACAUCAGGUCAUAGAACUGAAGUUUGAAAAGUUUGAUGUAGAAAGAGACAAUUAUUGCCGAUAUGAUUACGUGGCGGUAUUCAAUGGUGGAGAAAUCAAUGAUGCCAAAAGAAUCGGGAAGUUCUGUGGGGACAGUCCACCCGCGCCCAUUGUUUCUGAGCGAAAUGAACUCCUCAUCCAGUUCUUGUCUGAUCUCAGUUUAACCGCGGAUGGCUUUAAAGCUCAUUACAGAUUCAGGCCUAAAAAGCUACCCACAACCACAGUCUCUCCUAUUACCACCCCUGCCGCUACAACGCCAAGCCUGAAACCAACCCUUGCACUUUGCCAACAGAAAUGCAAACGGACGGGGACGCUGGAGAGCAAUUACUGUUCCAGUAAUUUUGUUAUAACGGGAACGAUUAUCACAACUGUGAGCAGAAGCGGCAGUGUGUAUGCAACCAUAUCCAUUAUAAACGUAUACAAGGAAGGAACGCUGGCAAUACAGCAGGCAGGCAAAAACAUGAGUGCCAAAAUCACUGUGGUUUGCAAGCAGUGCCCAAUGGUCAGAAGAGGACUGAAUUACAUCAUCAUGGGUCAGGUAGAUGAAGACGGACGAGCAAAGGUUUUACCGAGCAGUUACGUCAUGACCUUCAAAACCAAGAACCAGAAGAUUCUGAACACAUUAAAAAACAAGAGAUGUUAGAGCUCCGUCCAUCUGUCUUCCUUUGCAAAUGUGACUGUACUUCCCAAACCUGGAUGAACAUCGUUUGGAUCCCAGGAGUAGAGUCAGCCAUACUUGGCUGUGGUUUCAUUAAAGGGCAAGUGGAGCACAUUUUAUGCCAGUUUCUCCAACUGAGAUUAAUCUGAGUUCCAGUCUGAACUGUUCUAGGUUCUGGCUACUUUAAUCUCUUUUGUGGGGGAUAUAUUAAGUUUUAAAAUAAGAAAUGGUAGAGUAGAUAUAGGUGUGUUAUUUAGUAACAACAAUGCUAUCUGUAUUAAUAGAUACUUGUUGCUGGCAUUAAAAAAAACAAAUAUUUCUAAGCCUUACAUUAACUGCAGGAUGUGCAAUGUGUGGCUGAUGGUUGGCUGGCACUGCCAGUUUGGCUGCUGGGAAUUGUAGUUUAAAUAUAAAGACACAAGUUGCAGCAGCCUGUACCCUUUCUUAGGUUAACACUCAAUGAUUCCCUUAAUUAUUUAUAUUAAAAAUCAUGAUUAUGAUGAUGAAAGAAUAAUGUGGUGAUGUAACAUAAGGAAUUUAAAGUGCAAUAUUUAUAAUAUUUUUAGAUUUUCUUCAGUGGAGCAGGUUAUUUUUUUCUUUAUUUGUUAUUUUUUUAUCUACUGAUGGUUCGUGUGUGUAACCUAUGCUUAAUAAAAUCAGUAUAUGAACAGUU